AUGAUUCCUGCGCUCCCAUGUCUCCUAGAAAUGGUUUCGUUCAUCAUUGGUGGGAUCUCCAGCAGAUUAAAGAUGAAAGAUCCUUCACCGGCUUGUAGACUGCAGCUAAGGAAGACCUACGAGGAGUACGAAUACUUCAAGGAUGGAGACAUCAUAAUUGGAGGCCUUUUCACCGUCAAUUACCACAUGGUCCCAAUAGAAAGUCACAUGUUUCAGACACACAUAGCGUGCUUUAACCCACUGCCUAAUAACUACAAAAAUCUGCUGACCUUUUUCUACGGCAUCCGGGAUGAAAACUCACGGGUGUUACAGAACGUUUCUCUGGGGUAUCACAUCUUCGAUUCAUGCGCAGAUGAAAACAAGGCCAUUAAAAGUAUCCUCCAGAUUUUAUCUGGUCCGGGGAAAACUGUUCCUAAUUAUUCUUGUGCAAAACGUGACAAGAUCAUCGGUUUCAUCGGGGAUCACUAUUCUAAAACCACCCUUCCUAUGGCACAGUUGUUGGGUGUGUACAGGUACUCUCAGAUCAGUUACGGUGCUACAAGCCAUGAACUAAGCAACAAGAAGUUGUAUCCCAAAUUCUUUCGAACGGUCCAAAAUCACCGCGCCGCUUCCACUAUCUUGUGUAAGCUGAUUAAAUUCUUUGGCUGGACCUGGGUUGGGAUUCUCGCUUCGGAUGAUGAUGGUGGAGAGAAGGAAGUUCAGGAAUUGACGAAUAUUAUGGUCGGCGAAGGCAUCUGUGCCGCUUUCAUUAUAAAGAUUAAAGAGGGUUCACUUGAAAAUAUUCACAAAUUUCAAAGGAGCCUUCAGGUUAUCCAGAAGUCAACGGCCCAAAUUCUGGUGAUUUGUGGCUCCAAUUCCUUUUUUAUGGGUUUCAGUUUUGCCUAUUUAGAGAAGCAAUUAAGUGACAGAACUUUGAUCCUUUACCCGUCAUGGGCAGUCCAAGAAUUCCUCCUAAAUAGUUUCCCAAAGACAUUUAAUGGGAGUUUGACGCUUAAUAGUUUACCAAGAAAUUUCUCACAGUCAGCGGAAUUUUUUAACAACAUUCGGCGUGUGAAAUACCCAAAGGACUUAUUGCUUGAAAAUAUCUGGAUGAUGUUUAAGGGUUGUGUGACGAAUAACCCAAAGAAAAAUCUGCAUUUUAGAGAUUUUUUCAAUCUAUCAUUCCAAAACUGCACUGGAGAGGAACCAGUAACAUUAAUUCCCGGGUUAAACCAAAACAAGUUUUCUACUCAAGUUUAUAUUUCAGUCAAUACUAUGAUUAUUGCAAUCAAUGCUCUACUGCAAUUGGGUGAACCUACCAGUGGAAAGGAUGUCCCAAUUUAUACAAUUAAACAGCAACUGCACUAUGUUUUGAAAAAGCUUACCUACACAAAGGAAUCCAGGACUCACCCAUAUUAUGAUGAAAACAAUGAAUUUAUUACCAAAUAUUAUAUCAACAACUGGAUUGUGUUUAACAAUAUUAGCAGAAUUAGGAAGGUUGGCUGCUUUGAUCCCUGGAUGGUGGAGGGAAGUGGGCAGUUUUCUGUUGAUGUGACACGGGUCGUUUGGAAGAAUAGUAUAAGAGAGAUUCCAAAAUCUCAGUGCUCAGAAACAUGUUUGCCGGGGAGCCGAAUUAUUGCACAAGCUGGAAUCCACCAUCGAUGCUGCUAUAACUGCGUGUCAUGUUCUGAGGAUAGUGAAAACUGUAUUAGAUGUCCGGAUUACGAGUGGCCCAAUGAGAAGAAGGAUCUGUGCGUCCCGAGACUGGAAGACUUUCUUUCCUUCAGGAUGGAGGUCAUCACCAUUGUUGCCAUAUUGGUCUCUGUUCUGUUUUACAUAAAAACGGUUCUGAUAAUCGCAGUUUUUAUUCUUUUUCGGGACACACCAGUUGUGAAAGCCAAUAACAAGAGCCUCAGCUUCGUCCUCCUGGUCUCCAUCAUGUUGGGUUUCCUCUGUGUGUUCCUCUUCCUGGGUCGCCCUUUGGAUAUUACCUGCCAACUACGCCAAAUUACCUUCGCAGUCCUUUUCUCAGUAGCCGAAUCCUCUAUACUGGCCAAGACUCUUGUGGUUUGCAUCGCUUUUAAAGCCACCAAACCUGGAAGUAGAUGGCAAAAAUGGAUCGGGGGCAGAGUGCCCGGUUAUGUUGUCAUCACUUGUUCUUCUGUCCAGAUGGUGAUUUGUCUUCUUUGGUCAUCACUCUCCCCACCGUACCAAGAGCUGGACACACAUUCCUAUCAUGGGAGGAUUAUCGUCCAAUGUAAUGAAGGGUCAGUUGUCGGGUUCUACUCUGUCCUGGGGUAUAUGGGGAUCCUGGCUGCUGUCAGUUUUAUUAUUGCUUUUUUUGCCAGGACAUUACCGGACAGUUUUAAUGAAGCCAAAUACAUCACCUUCAGCAUGCUGGUGUUCUGCAGUGUCUGGAUUGCCAUGAUCCCGGCCUAUCUGGGCACCAAAGGGAAAAACACGGUGGCUGUGGAGAUAUUCGCCAUACUGGUGUCAAAUGCUGGACUUCUAGGCUGCAUAUUCUUUCCUAAAUGUUAUAUUAUUGUAUGCAAACCAAAACUGAACACAAAAAUGUGCUUGCUUGACAACAGAAAAAUAGUAGUUGGGUAUAUCGAAUAGGUUCCUAUCAUGGUUCAUACUUUGUUCCUGCCACCUCUCCUCAUCCACCAUCCCUCUCUUCCAAUAACUUCACUUGGAUCCAGCCAACCCUCAGAAUAAAAUGUAGUGCUGCAGA